AUGUCCAUGGAAUCCAGUAUGCAGGGUCAGACAGAUUGGUGUUCUACAUCAGCAUCUGUCGACACAAGGUCCCCGUAUCACACAAGGUCACUGAAGGGUCAUAAAGGUGACCGAUACUCUAGACACCGUCGCCAGUCACCUAGGACUACAACCUCGCAUGGUAAGUCUGAAAUCCAGGAAUCGCGUACGCGUAAAAGUUCCAAAGACUCAAGGUCGUCUCGAUCAGAGUUCAAGGCCACGCGCUCGAAAGGGUCAAGGUCAGACAAAUACCAAAGGUCGCGAUCGAGGUCAUCAAGCUCGUCCUCGCCAGAGGGGAGGUACUUAUCUGACAAAGUUCAGCAUAAGGAACACAAAUCCUCUAAAUCGCGGUAUCACAAAAGUAAGCACGAGGGAAAAAAGUACUUUAGUUCUUCAAAUGAUUCCUCCAACAGCAGUUCUGAGGAAGGAAGUCCGGAGCGGUUUUCUAAAUCGCGAAGGGGUAACCCAACAAAGUUACCAAAAAACCUAAAGUAUGAUAGGAAAACAAACUGGCUGACCUUCAAACAGAAGUUCGAGCGCUUCAGGUCUGUUCUACGGUGGUCAGAUACUGAGAGCAGGAAAGUAAAGCCUUAG